AGGAAAGGGGAAAAAACAAAGCAGCAGCAGCAGCCGCCGCCACCGCCACCGCCGCCGCAACCAACUGGGACGUGCGAGCCUUCGUCUCGUCUCGUCUCGUCGGUCGUCUCCCCCAAAGCAAAGCACACAAACCCCCACUGCAAAUAUGCAAUUCGCACGAAACAGGAAGAAAUCGUAAACGAGUCCCCAGAGGAAGAAAAAAUCACAAACCCACUGCGUCGAUCCCGAUCCAUGCCAUGUCGCAGAGCGACGGAGCCGACGAUGGCGGCACAGCCAUGGCCGUGGCGGCGGAUCCCGCCCCCUCCCCGUCUCCUCCACCGCCGGUGGAGUGGCCGGAGGACGGCGUGCUGACGAGGGACUGGGUGGCGGGGCUCACCUCGACGCUGGACUGGUGCUCGCGCCACGUCCCCGCGGACCGCCUCCCGUCCGUGCUCCCGGCGCCGCUCGUCCAGCGGCUGGUCCUCGCCGCGGCUGCCAUCCUCCACCGCGAGCCCAACCUCGUCCGCGUCGAUCCGCGGCCCGGCCAGGCCGUCGUCGUCGUCGGGGACGUACACGGCCAGCUCCACGACGUCAUCUUCCUGCUCCGGGACGCCGGGUUCCCCUCCGAGGAGCGAUUCUUCGUCUUCAACGGGGAUUACGUGGAUCGCGGCGCCUGGGGGCUCGAGACGUUCCUCCUACUCUUGGCUUGGAAGGUGUUGCUUCCAAAUUGUGUGUUCCUUCUUCGGGGGAAUCAUGAAUCCAAGUACUGCACAUCAGUAUAUGGUUUCGAACAGGAGGUAAUGACUAAAUAUAAAGAUCAAGGUCCUCAAGUUUAUAGGAAGUUUUUAAGAUGUUUUGAGGACCUUCCUCUAGCAACAAUAAUAGCAGGAUGUGUAUACACUGCUCAUGGAGGGAUUUUCCGUGGGACAAAUGUGUUACCAUCAAAAAGAGCAAAAAAGGGAAAGAAAGGUCGUAAAUACAAGGCAGAUUCCAUUGUUGAUCCGAUGUCUAUGAAGCUUGGAUCCUUGGAUGAGUUAUUAAAAGCAAGGAGAACUGUUCUUGACCCUCCAUGGGAGGGUGCAAAUUUGAUUCCCGGAGAUGUGCUAUGGUCCGAUCCUUCCUUGGAGUUGGGUCUUUCCCCAAAUAAAGAAAGAGGCAUCGGUUUACUUUGGGGUCCAGAUGUUACCCAGCAAUUUUUGCGUACAAAUAAUUUGAAGUUGAUCAUCAGGUCACAUGAGGGUCCAGACGCAAGGGACAAACGACACAAUCUCCUAGGAAUGGAGAAAGGAUAUACAAUCGAUCAUGAUGUGGAAUGCGGGAAACUAAUUACUCUAUUUAGUGCUCCGGACUACCCACAAUUUCAGGCUUCAGAGGACCGGUACAACAAUUGUGGAGCAUAUAUUGUCCUUAAUCCACCUGAUUUUGCCACCCCUGUUUUCCAUAGUUUUGAAGCUGUAAAGCCUCGACCUGCGGCGCAUCCAUACUAUGAUUUUGAAGAAGUGAUCGACUCAGAUGAAGAGCUAAAUUUAGGCGCCAUGGACAACGGCACAUCGAGCAGAUGAUGAUAUCUUUUGCCUUGUAUUUAGCAUGCCCAUUGCCAGCAGGAAUGGAGAAGUGCCAAGUUUUUGUUGUAACCGAUGCUAACGUUGCUGGUUUUGCUUUAGCCUUUUGUCACGUCUGGCAAGCUUAUCUGUUGGUUCAAUUUAGGUUGAUCUGUAUGUAGAUUACCAUGGCCAGGAAAUGUGUCAUAAAAAAUUGAUUGCAGGGACCAACCUGACAGUUCCAAGUAUCUUAAUUUGCAAA